AUGAGGAAGAAUGGACAAGAGAUGGUCGUUGAAAAGCAUUCAAGCCUUCAAACAACUCCCAAAGAGGCUUCUUGUUACCAAUGUUGGAUGUGCGGAUUAAAUUUCCAGCUGUUAAGUUCCUUUUUACUUCAUAUUUAUCGCCAUUCUGAUCCAUUAGUUGUUCAAAAAGACAUCAAAAAGGAAGAAGAGAAGGAAAAUUCGUAUUUAAAGGAGGUUAAUGAAGUCUCCGAAAAUAUCGAAAUUAAAAAAGAAGAAGAUUUUGUGAUAAAAGAAGAAGAAAUUGAGCUAAAAACGGAAGAAAAUCAAUUAAAAACGACUUUUGAAGCACCAAAAGAGGUUGAAAAUAUUGAAACUCACCAGACGUCUCCAUCGAAUCAAAUUCAAAAAACUCAAAAUUACGAAUGUCACUAUUGCACCUCUGAAUUUUCAUCAAAAAAGCUCCUAAAACGUCAUUUACGACUUCAUGCCUUAUAUUUCGAUCAUCAACGAAAUUCCACAAAAAUUUGCGAUUUUUGCUUCGAACUUCAAGAAAAUCUCGUAAAACAUUAUUUCACAUCACAUAAACGCUCUUCCCGGAUUUGCCGAAUAUGUGACGUCAACAUUGGCUCAAACUCCCUUCGACAAGUUCAUGAAAAGUUUUUUCAUGAUGUCACCGGAUUCGACUGCAAUUCUUGUCAAUUUGGCUUCAAAUCCGUCAAAAAAAUUUCGGAACAUUUAAAAAUUCAUGAAAAUGAAGAUUUUUGCAAGGAAUGUCGAAAAAAGUUCGGAUCUAAAGAGGAUUUAAUUAAACAUGGAGCUGAAAAUCAUCCGUUUUUGAUGACAAAAAAUGAGCUUGAAUCUCUGAAAAUUCUUCUUCGUCUUCCGGAAAAAUCCAAAACUGAAAAUUUUCAAUGCAGUUUUUGCGACAAGAAAUUUUCAACGGAAAAAUUAGCUAAAUUGCACGAAACUCGGCAACAUUUGUCUUCCAAAAAUGACGAUCCAGGCUAUAAUUGUACGACUUGUGGAGCGACUUUCAGUAAAAGAGCCAAUGGUUUGAGACAUGCUCGGAGAAUGCAUGGAAUUCGCAUUAAUAAUGUUCAAAAUGUAGAAAUUAAGGAAAAAUUUAAGGAAAAUCCGGUUGUUGAGACCAAAUUUAGUUGUGAUCAAUGCGAAAAAAGUUUCGUUAGCAGUGGUGCUUUAAUUUCUCAUUCAAAAAAGGCGCAUCCGAAUCAAGAAUUGAUUUUUCAAUGCGGAAUUUGCGAAAAAAGGUUGAAAAAUUUUCCGACUUUGAAGGAACAUAUCGAAGCGGUACAUGAAAAGAAAUUUUUGUUCUUUUGUGACAUUUGUGGGAAAGGAUUUGCCAGAAAAAGUGGGUUACGGAGUCAUAUGAAAGUGAAUCACAUAACUUCCCGUGAUUUCCCAUGCCCAAUUUGCAAUCAAACCUUCGCCCAGCUAAACCAACUGAACGCCCACAAGAAAAUUCAUUCCACGAAAAAACUUCACACUUGCAACAUUUGUCAAAAAUCCUUUGCUCAACUCGCCGGAUUGUCUCAACAUCUUGCCAUGCAUUCCGAAACUCCGAAAUAUCUCUGCACAAUUUGCAAUCUUAGCUUUAAAUAUGCUUCCAGUUUUUACAACCACCGAAAAUCCCACGUUUCGCCUUCAGCACACAAAUGCGAAGAAUGUGGUCGAGAAUGCCCAUCGCGAUUUAGUCUCUACGUGCAUCGAAAGACACAUCAUUCACCAAUGCAGCAAUUUGAUUGUUCAGAUUGUGGAAAAGUCUUCAAAAGGAAAAAGACGUUAAAGUAUCACAUUUUGAACAAACACACAAAUCGAGUCAAUUAUAAAUGUGAAUAUUGUGAAAAUGAGGGAUUCAAAACGAAACGCGAGCAAAAACGGCAUAUUAGUGAAUUUCAUAUGCAAUUUACGUUUUAA